GGAGCAAUACUACAAUACACUAAAGGAUCCACCUAAAAACAACUAGGACAUUAUAGUCGUUUCGAAUGAGAUUUGUACAAAGGACCACCACAGUGUACUGGAACGCGUACUUCACGAUGUCACCCAGAGAAUGACAGCUUUUUCUAUUCCAAGAACUCAGCUUCAAGGUGCGAAACUAAGACGCGAGCAUUGGAUUUACGUGAGAUUUUUUAAUUCUGUGAAGCGUCUGGGCUGCUUGUGAAGAAGGGGGAAUCUCACAGAAGAGGCGCCUAAAGGAUGAAAAGAUCGCGAUGCGUUUAGUUGGACCGGUACACACUUUGAACCCUUUUCAAGUUUCUCAAUCGUGCAACUAGACCUUCUUUCAUGCUCUUGGGCUGAAUUCGCAUCGCCCUUUUUUAGCCUCCGCGGUUCGCCUCUUUUUUUUAUCUUUUCGUGAGUAUGUCACUUCAGGAUCUCUUUGAGGUGCUGCGGCACGUGUCACCAAGUAGGAGGAACUUACUGACAAACAUUAUAUACAGCUGAGAAGCGAUAAGAUAAAAAUCAAAAUGCGUGACGAUGCACAGACUAUUUUUAGAACUUGUACUCUAUCUUCUAUUCUUAUUUCCUUUUUCUUUUCUUUUCCAUUUAAAUUUAUAUAGAUACCGCGAUAACUCACUUUGUGUUCACUUUAUUUAGAAACAAAUAAUUGCUUCUAAAGGCCUGACUAAAAAAGUUGACUAAAACAAUGGCAUCAUUAAAACCCUCUCUACAAAGGCUAUGGGGAAGUGAUAUUUCUAGGGCUCGUCCCAGGCGGUCGCUUGCCGUUUGGUACGUCGGCAUGUUUUUUACACUCCUUUGUCUAUUUUACGUUGGUAACUCGAUUCAAAUCUCCUCUGAACCCUUUCCACUUUCCAAUGAUGAAAUGCCGGAUAUCUUUGUUCGAGCCACUGGGCCUCGUGUCGUCAUCUUCAUUAUGAGUAAUAGAAUUGAUGAUACCCUUUGCUACUCAGUGGGCUCAGCCUACCUAAGCGGGCUUCCCGUGGUGGUAGCUGGUUAUCAAAUGGAAUACAAAGGGUUUCUAUCCAAGCACGACUUCAUGGAAAAGGCCAUCAAGAAUGCGCAGCUGAAACCGGACGAUGUCGCCAUUUUAAUGGAUUCCGACACGCUUUUUACGGGAGCUGACAUUCAAGCCUUUCUUGAUUCCUUCAUCGCCCAGUCCGCCGCGGCGCCAGAGGAGCUGGACGCACUGAGUGUGCGGCAGGGCCGUGUGAUGGCACCGAUCGUAGCGCUUGCGGAGGAUUGUUGUUGGGCACCGAAUCUAUACUUCAGCCAUAUGUGUUGUAGAGUUGGGUAUGAAGCGGUUUAUAAAAAGGUUCGUGCGCAUGCGGCCGCACACCCGGAGCAUAAGCUCGCCUUGCCUUUUGACCAAUCCCCAUAUCGCCAUCCCAACAUGGGUAUCGUAAUUGCUCGUGCAUGGGCGUACAUGGAAUACCUAGAGAAGGUUGAAAACUUAAUAAAAACCCAUAAACCAACAGCCAGAAUCCAGAAAGGAUGGUAUUGUGAUCAGUCAAUUUUUUCACGCUUUCAUAUGGAUCUCUUGACGUGGGAAGUUGAGCAGGAUGUUUUAUCGAUGCCAUUACAUGAGCGGCAGGCGGCGCGGUCCACUUACGGUAUGCGCGCCGGUUUCCUCGGGUUAGACUAUGCCAAUGCGCUUUCGGUGGUUAUUGCGCACAAAUACUUACACCGAACCGAAAUUCACGAUGAGCUCUGGGCGAAGUACCUGCCGUCAGGCAAGAUUAAACACCCGCACUCACACGAGAUGAAUGGAGUUAAGAGUGUCGGUCGCUUUGUAGCGGACCUUUAUAAGCGAGCAUAUGCCGCACACGGUAAGGAGAUUUACACGAGGCUUGCCGUACCCAAGUGGGUAGACGAGAAAAAGACCUCUGAGACGACCUUCAUCAGCCUCACACCACCGCUUUUUGCGUCCAAGCUGAGGCCCAUCGAUACUGUCCACAACACGAUGCGUCAUACGUUCCCGGUAAUUUUGCAUGCGUCCGAUCUUGAGUAUGGUUAUACCAAGGUCAAAAAACUUGAGUAUGCCUCCGUAGGUGCACCGUGGUUCAUGCCGAUGGUUUAUGAUGCAGAGGUAUUGCAACAGAACGAAAAGUACCUGGAAUCUCUACCAUUGCUUCUAUCUACCGAUAAGGACAUACUUAAAACUUCUUACCAGGCCCAUUGUGGCUUUCCAUUUAAAAAAAUCAUAAAUAAGGUCCAAAAUAUAUGA